CUUUGACUCUUGGUUUAUUAUACACGACGUAUGGCUCAUAACACCACGCACAAUUGUUUCCUGAUUGGUCCACUGCUUGUUGCAAUGAUGGAAAUGGCUGAGAAUGAUUCAUUGAUCAAUACUAAUUUGUUGCUUUUUCCGUGGUACAUGUCUAUUUUCUGUUUACUAGUAUCCAAUGCAGAGCUUCGGUAAGACAGACUUGACAGG